ACAGUCUAUGCAGCCACAGCCGUCAUAUAAGACUUUUCUCUCAAAGGACAGACAGGGGAUUACAUCUGCUGCUUUACUUCUUCGGAAACAGACUAUAAAGAUUAGGAAUCUACAGCAAUGCAGGCUGUAGUUGCGGUGAUGUGUAUGAGUGCAGUCCUCCCAGUCAGCAGUUGGAACCCACAGCUGGAUGAGCCCUGGGAGCUGUGGAAGAGCACUUACAAUAAAACAUAUGAUCAGAAGGAGGAGAUCUUUAGGCGAAUGGUGUGGGAGAAGAACUUGAAGAAGAUUCAGUUCCACAACCUGGAGCACUCCAUGGGGAAACACAGCCACCGCCAGGGCAUGAACCAAUUUGGAGACAUGACCAAUGAAGAGUUUGUUCAGGCCAUGAAUAGCUACCAACCCCAAACUGAGGGAAAGCUUAAGAAGUCUCUAUUUGUGAAGCCCAACUUUCUGGAAGUCCCUAAUGCUGUGGACUGGAGGGAAAAAGGCUACGUCACUCAUGUCAAAAACCAGGGUCACUGUGGCUCCUGUUGGGCUUUUGGUGCCAUCGGGUCUCUGGAGGGCCAACAGUUCAGGAAAACAGGUCGACUUGUGUCACUGAGUGAGCAGAACCUGAUGGACUGCUCCAGACCCCAAGGCAACAGGGGCUGUGAUGGUGGUUGGAUGGACAUGGCUUUCCAGUAUGUUAAGUCCAAUGGGGGUCUAGACUCGGAGGAAUCCUACCCGUAUGUUGGUAAAGACCAGAUCUGCCAGUACGACCCCAGGUACAACUCUGUCAACGUCACAGGGAUUAUUGAUAUUUCCAGAGGCAGUGAACGAUCCCUGAUGGAGGCCGUGGCUGCUGUUGGGCCAGUUUCUGUUACCAUUGAUGCUAGUCAGUCUUCUUUUCAGUUUUACCAAUCAGGCAUCUACUAUGAAAAGCUUUGCAGCACCUCCAAGCAUAACCAUGGUGUGGUGGUUGUUGGUUAUGGUUUCCAAAAAACCCAUGAUUCUGUUGAAAACUACUGGAUUGUCAAAAACAGCUGGGGCUCAAGGUGGGGAAACAAUGGCUACAUCUACAUGGCUAAAGACAAAAAGAACAACUGUGGCAUUGCAUCCCAUGCCAGCUAUCCUCUGGUCUGAGACGUUUUACUCCAAUAUCAUGCAGUGGAGAAAUGGAAAUCAGCUUUAUCCUGACUUCUGCGUUAAUAUGAGCAUUUCCAAAGUUUUAUGACCAGUGAAAAUUGGCUUUUAUUCAAAUACUGUAUAGAUAAGCAUAGUCAUGGGGCUUAAAACAUCUUAACAUAUUGUUCUUACAGUAUAAAAAUGUGGCAGUAGCUCAUUAACCACAGCUUGUCAAUUAGAAGGCUGUUUAGUUUGAUUUCUUUACAACUACAGGCUUCAAUAUCCUUAGUAAGACAUUGGAUCCCUUUUAGGUAAAAAGGUGAGAGACUGAGUUUGAGUUGUGCGCUUCUAUCACCUGUACGUUCCGUAGCAUUUUAUUUUGAGAAACAUAGGUCUGGUGUGAGGACAAGCCAGCACCAGGUGCUAGCUGGGUUUAAACACAAUACCAAGGAAAGCAUUUUUUUAGAGUGUGCUUUCUUUGCUGAUCAUCGUUUUUCUCUAUGCUGCAUUUAUAGAUGGAAUAGCUUGAAUCUAGGUUUUAAUAUUUUUUCCAAUGCCACCCAGACCACUUGGCUAUUUGGUCCUGAAUCCAAUACAAAUCUGAUCUUUUCAAAUGUGACCUGCGUCUGAACAGCCAGGUCGCCUGGGUCUUGCUAUAAAGAAGCGACAAGAAAAACAACCAUGGCAGACGAUUCACUACAAUCUGGCACUACCAUCCAUGUUUACUUCCAUAAACACAGAGCACGCUGGCCUGUGAUGUAAUUGCGUCCUCUACUGCGCAUC